AUGAACCUGAAUUUCACCUCCCAGGUGCACCAGGUGUCUGCCCAACACCGACCCACCUCCUUCUUCAUCGAAGAUAUUCUGCUGCACAAGCCCAAGCCUCUGAGAGACCUGCCUCCAGUCUCCUUUGCCAGUUCCUUGGCUUCUCGAGUCCCUUUGCUGGAGUAUGGGUACCCUCUGAUGCCAACACCCACCAUCCUGGCCCCUCACCCCCACCACCCUCUACACAAGCCUGAGCACCAUCACCCUUACUUCCUCACCUCCCCAGGAAUGCACGUCCCGGCCCUGUUCCCACACCCCCCCGAGCUGCCGGGUAAACACUGCCGGAGGCGUAAAGCCAGGACUGUCUUCUCCGAUUCCCAGCUCUCGGGCUUGGAGAAGCGCUUUGAGGUACAACGCUACCUGUCAACGCCCGAGAGAGUGGAGCUGGCAACAGUACUCAGCCUGUCCGAGACACAGGUUAAAACGUGGUUUCAGAACCGAAGAAUGAAACACAAAAAGCAGUUAAGGAAAAGUCAGGAAGAUUUGGGACAGAAACACUCUCCCAGCGACAAGCACUGUGUGGAGACGAGUCCCGGUGAAGCAGAAUUCAGUCAGAAAAGCACUCCAGAGGCUAAACCCAUCACCCCCCAGAACACAUUCAUUCUGGACAACGAGGAUGAUGUGGAUAUCAUCGAAGACGACGACAUUUGUUCUGCUGAAAACGAACCGCUCACGUCUGGUUAUUAA